AUGGCUUCCUGUCGUGCCCCCAGCUAUUCCUCCGAUAGCUCGGACAGUUCCGACCUACCGGAUCGUCGUCAUGAGGCUCGUGGUCGUACCCGCCGUAGACCAGGGGCUGGCCGGUUUGGUAAGACCAAGGCAGGCAGAAUAUCCAAGCCGUUGCCCAAGACAAAGACUGUGAAAAUCGCUGAGGGACCCAAGGGCAAAGAUACCAAGGGCAAAGGACGUGUCAUCAAGGGCAGGACCCGAGAAGAUAGCCCGCACCCGGGUCAUUUUACUGGCUCGUCUCCGGGUUCAUCUUCCGGUUCGUUUUCCGGUUCAUCUUCCGGUUCGCCUUCCGGCUCGUCUUCUGGUUCGUUCUCUGGAUUUGGUGAUCCUCCUGUAGAGUCUAGGGUGGAUCACCUCGAGCUGCAGCUUCGUCUACAACAGGUUGAGCUGACUGAGCACAAGCGCCUCCUGGCUGAGGUCGACCAGAAGAUUUUGGAUUCUGCGUGUCGCUGCCCUGAUGAAGACAAUGGCUGCAAGUGCAACCAGGACAACGCCGGAGGUGUCGACCGCGCCGAGAUUGAUGAGAUAAAGAGACGACUCAAUCAAACGCAUGUUCUUGCAGAGGACGUCGCGGAUGCCAUAUGGGAUCUUCAUGAUGAUACAAUGGAGGCGUUGGAGGAUAUGCACGGGCGCCUCGACCACACGCAAAGCCUUGCUGAGGAACCCGCCAACGCCGUCCGGGAUCUUCGGGAGAACGGGACUUCAGAGGUUGAAACUUUGCAUCGGCGGAUCGAUGAUCAUGAGGACGACGAAGCUGGACAGUUUCAAGACAUGAUUCAGCGGAUCGAUGAGCUGGAGGGACGUCUUCGCGUCUUGGAGACUGGGCCACCGAGCACGCCAUCUGGUCUGCCAACACCCGCUCCUGGUGAAAGACGCCCUGCGAUUGAUUUUGGUCUCGGUGGAGGUCUGCGACCAGGCCACGGUCCAGAAAACCCCAUUCGCUCUCCGAUUGCCUCUGACUCCCGUGGACCUUCGGUACCUAGCAGCGGGGGACCCCCUCCGAUUGCCUCUGAUUUUGGUUGGUGUGGAGUUGGACGUCUAGGACGUCUGGGACGAGGCGACGGUCCACCUCGCAUCGUCUCUCGUCCCCGUAGACCUUCGGUACCUAGCAGCGGGACACCUCGUCCGAUCGCCUCUGGUUCACAUGGUCCUUUCGUACCGGAGGUUUGGCCCAGCAUAUGUGGAGGUCUGCGACCCCCUCCGAGCGCCUCUGGUUCACAUGGUCCUUCCGUACCGGAGGCUGGCCCCAACAUGCCUGGUGGGCCCGUGGUUCCCGAUGCCGGUCCGACCAGGCCGACUUGCCCUUGCGAACCCUGUGACUGUGUACAGGAGACUCUGCCUGAGCCACCUUCAAAUGAUAAGCCCCCGAGCAUCAAAUCGUCGUCUGGUAAGGCUAACUCAAGUGACGGAUCAACUUCAGGUGAAAGCUCUUCCUCCAGCGAAGAGGAUGACACUUCAGAUAUGGAUUAUCUUGAUCACUCAGACAGCGGUAUGUCGGGAGCAUAG